AUGCCACCACCAAGGGGCAUGUUGCGGUGUCAAACGCAGACCAUAGCUAUUCAAUUAAAGUACGAGUGGCCCAUUCCCCAGUUUGAAAAAGGAAAAGGAGGUUAUUCUUCGUCUCAAUUUUUUCACGAAAAAGACCCCAGUAUAAAAUGGUUUCUGCGAUUGAUUAACGACGGAUCCAAUUUGAAGGUCUACCUGGAAAUGUCUUAUCCCAACAAACAAUUAGAUUACGUCCGAGUGAACAUUGGUAUUUUGGAUAAAAAACGCGAAAAAUUUUUGCCGCAACAACACACUCUAAGUCGGCAUGCAUAUGCGCCUUUAGGUGUUUUUGACAUCGCCAACCAAAUGUUGGUGGAAUCUGAGUGUUUCGUCAAUGGGAAACUCACAUUCUACUUUGAGAUGGAGUAUUCCAUUUUAAAAGAUCUUGCACUUUUAAGCAAGUCGUCUACAGUUGCAGAUCUUCAUAAGAAACCAUUCAACAACAGCGGUCAACUAAUUGCUCAUCUAGAAGAACUCUAUGAAACCAUGAAAUUCUCCGACUUUACUAUUAACGUCCGUGGGCGUCAAUUUAAGGCCCACAAGAGCAUUUUGGCCACGAGAAGUCAAUAUUUUGCCGCGAUGUUUGAACACCCGACAAAAGAAAAUUUGACGAACCAAGUCGAAAUUGAAGACGUCGAGCCGGACGUGUUUCAAGAAAUCCUCCGCUACAUCUACACUGGGAAAGUGUCGGAGUCGACGAUGGAGAACAUGCCUGCCGGAAUACUUGCGGUUGCGGAUAAAUAUCUGUUGGAACAGUUAAAAUCGGAAUGUGAGACUCAAAUAAUUCAUCGAAUGUCGGCAGAAAAUUGUCUGGAAUUACUUUUGAACACUCAUGAACACCAUCCGGCGUUUUAUUUGAGGAAGUACGCGGUCGAAUUCUUCCGUCAAUUUUCAGGCGAAGUGAUGGCGACGGACGAAUGGGAAAAGGCCGAGCAAGGUCAUCCGGAGCUGUGUCUCACUAUCCUGAAGGAGCUUGUCAAAUCGCUUGUUUAG